CUUUUGAUAAACGUCAUUAAAAUGGCUUCUGCCACUGAUGCAGGAGAGACUUUGCGCUCAACAUUUGGAAAGGAAAAUUUUCAGCGUUUAACCCGACUUUUGAUGUGUGGAGGUGUCAGGCUCCUACGGGAAAUAUUUGACACCAUUCAUUUGCCAAAAGACCUUCCAUUAAAGCUCGGCGACCCUGCGAUACGGUCACAGCUGAACAAAGCAAAGCUUUCCACGGCAGAGAGGAGCUGCCUCUAUCCGUCCCCUGGUACCUUUGGAAAGUCAACCGAUUUUGACAUUACUUUGACUUUUAGAUUGUUAAGAACGAUAUGCAAUCUUACAACUCCUGUCACCGGAUGGGACAGUUUGCCAGUUACCUCAGACCUUAGUCUUGAGGCAGAUCUUGCGCGGAUAAAAUUCUACCGUAAUUCCAUAUACGGCCACAACCAGAAAAUGGAAAUCUCGGACUCCGAGUUUUGUUAUCUAUGGAAGGAGGUUAGUGAGGCUCUCCUGAGAAUCGCUGGAAACCUCGGCCCCUUGAAGACAGAUGAAUGGGAAAAGUCUAUCGGUAGACUGCUAACUGACCCCCUGACUCCAGAGGCACAAAGUUGCGUCGAAGAACUUGAAUUGUGGUACAAGAAAGACAUGGAUGUUAAAGGCUCAGUUGAGCAUCUGAAAGAUCAACUCCAACAAGUAAAGAUAGAUGUCAAAGAUCAGUUUCAGAAAUUUAAUGAAAAGUUAGACUCUAUUCUAAUUACCUUCGAGCUGGAGAGAUUUUCUCGCAGAGAGCAACACUUAGCCCAUUUCCACUCGGGCCCCGGAUCUACAGGUAUGACCCCGCUGUCCGUAGAAGAGCAGCGACCACAAUCUCCGGUUGCCGAAGCAACAUCUGGAGGAAAUCAAUGAAAUGGCCAGAAUCCAUCAGAAGCCUCUGACAUCUGGAAAGUCAUUCUGUCAUUUAAAGAAUCCUUUACGCUGCUUCUGGAAUACUUAUCGAAGCAGCUUAAGCUCCGCAUACUGCAUUACGGUACCGGAAGUUUGUGCAUAACCACUGCUUGCAGUUCACUGGAAAUUCUUGAGGGAUUAUGGAAAGACUAUUCUAGCGGCCACCUGAAUAAGGUUGCCGAGGAGAUACUUUUUACCUCAGAAGUUUUAGAAAGGCUCUCUCUGAGUGAAGUGAAACUGAGAACUGUAAUCAGGGAGGAGGACUACCAUAAACACAAACAGUUUCUCGUGGACG